UCCCGUAGUGUGCUGCACAGCCUCCUCUAUCAAUGGCCUUCCUAUGAAUCCCUUUCUCGCAAUGCUGCUGGGGGCCGCCGUGGCCGCCCUCCUUUGCCUUCUCCUCCUGCUCUUCUUCCUCGGGCCUUUCUUCCAGAGACGGGGCCCUGCUGACGCCAACGUCAAGGUCCUGGCGGUGGCCGGCUCCGGAGGACACACCACAGAAAUCUUGAGGCUACUCAACAGCCUCUCCCAAGCAUAUUCUCCAAGGCAUUAUGUUUUGGCUGAUUCGGAUAAAAUGAGUGAAGACAAAAUCCGUUCUUUUGAACAAAAAAGAGCAGAAAUGUUCUCCAAUUCCUUGUUUACCCUCCAUCGCAUUCCUAGAAGUCGGGAGGUUCGUCAGUCAUGGAGCUCUUCGGUAUUAACAACUAUGCAUUCCAUGUUUUAUGCUCUUCCUUUGGCCUUCAGACUCAAACCAGAUUUGGUGCUGUGCAAUGGCCCAGGAACCUGCGUCCCCAUAUGUGUAGCUGCCCUUCUACUCAAGAUGCUGAGACUGAAGAAAAUAACUAUUGUUUAUGUCGAGAGCAUCUGCCGUGUGGAAAAUUUAUCUCUCUCUGGAAAGAUUCUUUAUCACUUUUCUGAUUAUUUCAUUGUCCAGUGGCCCACACUGAAAGAAAAAUACCCAAAGGCCCUCUAUCUUGGUCGAAUAGUGUGACAGCAAAAGACAAACCCAACUGGUGCUGUACCACAUCCAAAUGAUUUUGAUCUUUCAAUUUCUCACAGGUCUUGGUUCAUAAAUUGGUGUACAAACUGAGCAAAAUGUGGCAGUAGAUUCCUACAUAAAGUGGGAUAUGUGCCAUUUUGAGAUUGCAUAGCUGGCAACUAGGAAGUAUACUUCCACGAUCAGUUCCCAUCAUGUUCGUCCUCAGCUUCUGUUACACCGCUUUGGCUUCCUAAAACCCUUUUUUCAUCCUUUCCCUUCAAAAGAAGCCACUUUCUAAUGGAACAGAAACCAAAGAAGAUGAAUUAAUAUGGCAAGGGAAGAGGAGUGUGAUAUGGCAAGGUGGAAAAUAUUUUUUAUCAGUAAUGUGGAAUCCAUAAGAGUGUACUGUAAAUCACAGCACAAGUGGAAAAAAAGAUGUGUUCCUCAAAUUUUAUGUUAUAUUCACAUGUAGUUUAUUUCUUUUUUAAUUACAUAUUUAAAUUUUCUUUUUUUCCUUC